AUGGCAGCAAGCGAAUUUCCUUGCUCGCUUGUGAUCGAUGUCCCCUUUCCGGACCACCGUCUUGCCUCCACUGCCAUGCGUUCCCUCAAAGUUGAUCAAGAGCCUUCUUCGUCUGUCCAACGGAGUUAUUCCUUGGUAGACUCCAAGGGUAACCCUCCCUCCGAGAAUGAGAAUGAGAGUGGCACCAUUCUGCGCACUGAAUACAAUGCGACCACCAACCGCAUGCUUCGAGUCGCCGUGAACGGCUUCAUGGAAUCACUUGGGGUGGUAUUACAAGUUAUGGAAGAACUAGAUGAUGUGGAUGUAUCUGGAAUGAGAUCUUCAAUUACCUGA